AUGAAAUUCACACUUGUACAGACUCUGGCAGCAACGCUGUUUGCGGCUGCCGCCGUGGCAGACACGCUAUCGUGCAGCGCCGACUCACACUGUCCGGAAGACUUCCCUUGCUGCUCGAACGAAGGCACGUGCGGGACGGGCUCGUACUGUCUCGGACCGUGUGACCCCCGCUAUUCGUUCAACUCGUCGUCGUGCAUGCCGGCGCCGGCCUGCAAGGCCGGCACCUACACGCCGAGAGCAGCAGACAUGAUGAACCAAACAGACUACCUGGGAAACACGUCCGUGACGGACUUCAUCUACUACGGCGAGAUCGAAGACCAGGACGACUCCGUGAUCAUCAAGAUGCCGGCCCACUCCGUCGGCGGGGUCAUCUCCUCCACGUUCUACCUCUGGUACGGGAAAGUCAGCUUCAAGUUCAAGACGUCGCACAACGCCGGCGUGGUUUCCGCCGCCAUCCUCUUCUCGCAGGUGCAGGACGAGAUCGACUACGAGUUUGUCGGCAGCGAGCUGGAAGUCGCCGAAACCAACUUCUACUUUGAGGGCACGCAAAACUACACCAACUCCGUCAAGGCCGCUGCCUCCGACACGUACGCCAACUGGCACACCUACGAGAUUGACUGGUCCGAGGACUCCGUCACGUGGUCCAUUGACGGCGUCUCCGUGAGGACGUUGAACAAGGCCGACACCUACAACGACACCUCCAAGGAGUACGACUUCCCGCAGACGCCCUCGAGACUCCAGUUCUCCAUCUGGCCAGCGGGCGACCCUACUAAGAACGCGCCGGGCACGGUCGAGUGGGCCGGCGGCGACAUCGACUGGAACGCAAAGGACUUCUCCGACCCGGGCUACCUCUUUGUCGCCCUAGACACCAUCGACGUCGUCUGCUACGACCCUCCUUCCGACGCCCAAGUCAAGGGUAACACCUCCUACAUCUACGAUGGCAACGGAUUCCUGCAGAGCAACGUCAUCGUCUCCGACAAGGAGACCUGGAUGAAGGAUUUGGGCAGAACAGGUUUCAACACCGGCCAGGACAAA